AUGGCUCAUCAUGAGCUACUGCUAAGUUCAGGUCCACAAGGAAGGCUAUGCAAGCUGUUCCUGUGCUGGCUGGCUAUCGAGGGAGCCAGUGGACUCUCUGACAGUGAUGUGGUGGGCGUGGCAUCGCACUUGUUCGGAUCUAGUCGGACGUCGGACCCUGCCGUCAAUCGGCGGGCAGCCGAAGAGUAUUGGAAGGCCAAAGACCUACAAGAAGCACAGCAUAGGUCCAGACUGGAAGCAGAGGCGGCAGGGCGACAGCUCCAGCUGAAUGCGCCUCCGUACGAUGUCUUCACAACACCGCCAUACGUCAACAUAGUGGUCUUUGACUCCCAUGAUUCCAAUUGCGAUGUGAACUUUGAGUCACCUCCAGUUACAGACCCACUUCAGGUGGGAUACCCUGCAGACGGCACUGCGUCCUUACGUCAAGGAAACAUGGCAUGCGGUGUGGCGCCAGCGCGUUUCGUUUUCACAACUUCUGACUUGCCGGCCUACGAAGACAUGACGGUCGAUGCCAAGAUGCAGAUACGCAUCACAUGCUCGGAAGCCUUCUUCGUAGAGUCACUUACUUGCGAAAACGUCCUGGAUGCGACUGGCGACUUCCCCAGGAUAGAAGGCUGCCGCUUCCAGGAUCACGAGGCCCGCUUGAUUCUGCAGACGCGCCUUAGAAGGCAAUCCAUGUACUCGUUGACGCUCAAGCUGCUGCUGCCUCCAGGCAGAAUGACCGCAGCUCAGAACAACUAUGUCUUCACAACGGAGUUUGACCCGAUGACAGUGAUCGAGGGUACGGAAACUUCGAUCGAUCUGGGCUACACGGUGCCACAUGCCAAAGAUGACACCGAGUACCCAGGGAGCUAUCAGACCCGAGGCUACAUCACCGGCUUUUUCUAUGGAGCAUGGACCCCUACGCCAGAUGGGCGGAUGCUCAUCACCUUUGGCCUCCGUACCUUCGGAUUUAUGAACACGGAGUACAACAUCGACGUUGUGGCAUAUCCGACCAAUGUUUGGAAACUCGGUACUCCAGGGACUGAUUGCGAGGACUACGGGCAGCCACAUGUUGGCACAACUUGUCGCCUCAGGUCUUUCCAAGGAGCUUUAGCAUCAGAGGCAAACGGCUUCCGCUUAGACGUGGGCACAACGCCCAUGAACAACCUGGGCACCCAGGGUGCUGCUGAAGUUACUCUGGGCAUUCCGAAGCCGCCAACUGCUGUCAACAUGUACUGGACGGCCACAUCUUUCCGAAUCGAUCAGGAUCAGCUGCCACAGGAGCCCUUUACGGUCUUUAGCGACAGGCCAGUGAGCGUCAUGGGAACCCCGACUGGUCGAAUUGCAGCGUUCGAACGAGGUGAUGUCGACGUAGAGCAAUGGGUCGUCCUGGAGUUCAAACCGGGCAACACAGUCAUGCCUGCAACGGAAAUGUCUGGCAUGAUCGUCAUCAUGCCUCCUUCCACCUUCACCAUUGUUGCGAGCGCCGCUCCACAACUGCCUUCGACCGCCUACAACGAGCUCCCAUGCACGUCUUGGCCAGAAGCUGACCGGUUGGCGGGGCGCUGGGUGUGUCCACUGGCAGAUUCCGCUCCUUUUAAGGAGACCACAUAUGGUGUUCGGCUGAAGGUCCGGAAUCCUGCGCAGCCCGGCGCGGCCAGGUCCUGGCGUAUUGAGCUGUGGGAGCAAGACGCCGCCAAGCCAGUUUCCGCGACUCGCGGGAUCAGGGGCAUGGAGGUGUCUGGUCCCAUGCAGGCGGCCUUGUCUCAGGAGAACCAGCUUCUGGACAGCAUCAACACUGUGCGGUUUGACAUUAUUCCCUCACAACCAAUCGGCAAUGUCCCCAACACCCGAUUGCGAGUUCUGGCUCCACCUGGCUUCUUCAUCAUCAAGCGAUGUCUGAACUUCAUGCCGAUUGAGCUGCCAGAUGCAGAAUGUAUAGGAUCCGAUUCCAACUCCUUUGAGCUGGUCUUCUCGGAACCCGGUGCCAUUCAGGCAGGCGUGCAGUAUUCCUUCUCGCUGCAGAUGCAGAACCCAGUUGACUACAUACCUGAUGACCUGAACGUCUGGUCGUUCGACACGCUGAGACCAGACGGAGUUGCUCGAGACACGGCCCGUUCUCCGGGCUUCUUCCUGUAUCCCUACGCGUUCUCCUCCUUUGUGGUGGUGCCGCUCAUGCGCAAGCCUGGCCCACAAACCGUGGUCAUCCGCUUUGUGUCGCCGCUGCUUAUUCCCUUCGACGACUACAUACGCAUUCGUGCUCCAGAAGGGGUCGCAUGGUACACUGCCGACCUGCAGUUCAGCACGGAAGCUGCGCUGACACAAGCAAACCUUCUCGGAGCUCAAGACCCCACUGUCGAAUUUGAAACGCCAAACGAGCUGGCGGUUCAACUCACCACGACUGCUGAAGCCAACUUCGAGUAUGGUAUGGCAGCGCGUGCUGAAAUUCCGCAAUCCACGCCUGUGCCCAAUGCAUGGUGGAUUGAACAGUAUCGGCGAACGGGCCUUCCUGCGCCGAACAGCUGGAGAUACAUCGCUUCAAAAGGUGCUGCAGGAUUCAAGACGCAAGUCUUGGUGAACACAAGGGUGGACCCAUUCAACAUCGUAGCGGAGGGCUGGCAGAAUCCGACUCUCUUCGUCUUUGAGACGACAAUGGAAGUCAUGCCUUUCCUGCGAGCUACGGCAUCAGGGACAGAGCUCAUACCUGCGAUGCUCCUGGUAGAAGCACCGCCCGGGUUCACCUACAUUUGCCCGCUGUCGCCGACUGUGUACAUGCCGACAUACUCUAUCUCGCUGCCGAGCGACGUGACGUGCAACGUGGAUCACAACACCUUGGCCAACCGAAACAAGCUUUUCCUGGAGCUCCCUUCCGGUGUGCAGGGAGAUACCAGAUAUGCCUUCACGAUCGACGUUGUGAAUGCGAGGUUCAUUGACCCUCUGCGAAACUUUUUCCGUUUGGCCACGAUGCUUGAUGGCGAGGUCGUCGAAGAAGGACAGGCAGCCGGCUUUCAGCUCGCCCAGAGGAUGGACAACACACGCUACAUGCAGUUUGAAGUUCGAGAGGAUCGCGUGGUCGAAGCAACAUCAAAUGUGGUCUCGUUUGUGAUUGGCACAACCCUCGCUGUCACGGAACCUUCCGUUCUGGAGGUACGUGCUCCCAUCGGGUUCAUUUUCGCAGAUGCCUGCGAUGGCUUGGUCGGCUGGGCCACGUGGAUACCUUUGAUGCGCAUCGGGCCACAAAUGGAUUUGUGCCAGGGAAUGGGUGCAGCAGAUGCCAGCAUGCAGCACAUUGCAAGAGUUACGAUCUCGGGCUCGUGGGAACUUGGAGACUAUGGACUUUUUGCAACGGUGCAGAAUCCCAUGUUUACCCCAGCGCGGAACUUUUGGGGCUUCACGAUCUAUGACAGCAACAUGCUGCCCCUCAUGUCGGAGUCCUGGGUGUUUGGCUUCCAGAUCCAGGUGGUGUUGGACCCAAGGCUAAAAGCUUACAACCAAGGCAACGGUGUUGACGGCGAGGCUGCCAUCAAUUACGUGGACAUCAGUUUCAUGCUGAGCACCAGGAUUCCACCGGAACCCAGCCGCGCACAUUCGAUAGUUGUGACGGCUCCGACUGGCUUCUUCUUUCCCAGCAUCUGUCAGAGCUUCACGAUCGACACAUUUACGACGGGCUUCAUUGGAUUGCCGAAAGGAUCUGGCUGUGAGGGAAAUAAUGGCAACGUCCUACAGGUGACUGUCCCCUUCAUGCGGGAGCUUCGGAACGAGACCUACUACAUGUUCAGGGCUCUGGUGGUGAACCCCCGGGAGACUUUCUUGAACGUAGAUUCACCAGAGAAGUAUUGGCGGAUUGAGUCACGAGCCGGAGGCAUGGAUCUCGUCGACCUGAACCGGGUAAUCCCCUCCUUUGCGAUAUAUCCGCGAUUGCGAUACUUCGCAGUGGCUGCCUUGUCGCAGGUGGGCCUGGCAUCUACAACGUACCGGAUCCACUUCCGAACGGACCAAUCAUUGCCACCACAGCAGACCGUGCACAUCCACCCACCCACGGGGACGACUUUCGGUGGUCUUACCGAUGGCACAUGCAUUGACACAGAUCCUGUGCUGCUCAGCCUUCAAUUCCCGACACCGCUGAUUUCGCGAGUAACUCGCUUGCCCGAGUGGGUUUCCUGCCGGGUAGUGAGCUCGACAGAACUGAUGCUGCGCAACGAAGAGCCCAUCUUGGGCGGUCGGCCGCUGAUCUCGGGUCCUGUCUUCGAGUUUUUCGUCAUGAACGCGACAAAUGCGGAGAGCACGCCACAGCUCAAUCUCUUCCAGAUCGAGGCCAUUACAAGCACGGCGAUGGGGAAGGAGGUUUGGACGGCACCGGGCUGGGUUAUCUACCCGGAACUUACCAUGACAUCAGUGGAGACGGCCAAUCCUGGUUACGGACUGUACACGAACUUCACCCUUACGCUUCAAACUGUUACAGAGGUGCCAUCUGGUGGCUCGAUUCGAAUCAUUGCGCCCGACGACUAUUACUUUGGGCCGCUGAUUGAAACAGCAGAUACCCGAUACGAUCCACUGGAGUCCGAACCAGCACCACAAGGUGCCGGACAGGAGCGCCCUCCAGCACAAAGAGUCACGAUUUGCCACAUCCUCCGAACCAUGGCCUGGGCAUGUGCGCUGGAGUUCACCCCCUGCGUAAUCAUGGACGAACUGGACGAGUUGAGAACGCUCGGUAUGGUUCUGUCACCCUCGCAAGAGGAUGCCUGGCGGACGAAUCGGACUUUGUGCUUGGAUAUGAGGUCAAAAUGCGAUCCCGGCGGAAGGCUUUCAGACCUCAUAUCCUGUGAAAGCCAGGGCAGUACCUUGGAUCUCUACGUGGCGCCAAUGGUCUUCUUGCCGUCUCGGCGAAUCUUUCGCUUUUUGAUCCAAGGUUACAAUGCGCGCAAUCCUCCUACAAGUGCUGCUGCGAAUUCGUGGCAUUUCAUGACGCGGAACUCAGACAGUGAGAAGACGAUCUUGGACGAGAAGCCACAGGUGCCUGGCGUGUCCCUUAUCGGAAUCGUAUCCGUGGAUUCGAUUGUGCCAUCAAACACGAAGGUAAGCAGCAUUGAGAACUAUGUCACCGUGACAUUGCGGUUGGCUACGCAGUGUGACCCUCGAGCUAUUCUGCGCAUCAAAUUCCCUGUGGAAUACAUGCGAGGAGAAAAUGCGGCUUUCUCCGGCCCUGCAAUACAGACUGGAUUUACGUUUCCUCAGCAGGUUGAACGACGCCAGAGCUUGAAUACGAUUGAGCUGGAGGCUAUCGAAGAAGGUUAUCCUGCAGAUAUACCCCUCGUUGUCAUUCUGGGCCUCAGCAAUCCCGAGAUUUCGCCAACCCGGGUGAACAAUAUCUGGACGUUCGAAGCCUUCAGCUUGUCAACUGGGCAAGAACAGUUGCUGAAUGUCAAUCUGAAUGUAACGGGCUUCAAGAUCUUCGGAGAAUUUUCCGGAGCAUACGUCACGGGCACGGUGCUGUCGCCACUGGCAACUAACGUGGUUGGCAUUUGGCUUAACCUGAAGAGCCCUCUGAGAGCCAGCUUGGACACUGGACAGACGAGCCAAAUGAGGCUUUGGCUGCCACCCACUUUCCAACCACUUCCGGACUGCGGGAACGCGCUGUUCUCCCUGUCUUAUGAUGUGGGCCGUGAACUGGUGAAGAACCCUUUCCCCAUCACAAUCUCCUACCUGUCGCUGCCCUCUGGAACAUAUUGCUAUGACCGUUACGAUGAGACAAGUGGCCAGUGGUACGUCGAGCUCACUAUUGAACAGGAAGUUUCAUAUGGGCUCGACUACGCUUUCGAGUUCGGCUUGACGAAUCCGUUCCGCACACCAGCUACUGCCGAUAAUGUGUGGCGCUUCGAGACCCUCCAGAAUGACGUCAUUCUUCACCUGAGGCGAAGUGUGCCAGGAUUUGAGCUGGAGCAGAUCAAGGACGUGAGGGUAACCCCGUCUGAUACGACUACCCUGCUGCCGCUGCACCGGCUGGAGUUCUACAUCAUGAGCGACAAGUACAUUCCUGGAGGUUCCAAGAUCGAGAUCACGGCUCCCCACGGCUUCGGUUUCACCUGCGCCUUCUUCAGCACAGAUGCUGGCCUGGCCAUCACAACUACAUGCUAUGUUCGAAUGCCGAACAUCGCAGAGUUCACGAUGGACACCUCAGAUCCCAAGCAGCCAAACUCGCCUUUCAGGCUGUUCGUGUAUGUGUCUAAUCCAGAGUUCACCCCGCAGCAGAACUACUUCAAUUUCCGUAUCAUCAGCCCGCUUGCCGACGUGCUCGACAUGCGCGACUUCGUGUGGAGCUUUGACAUCACUGGCCGCAUUGAGGUUGAUAUUCAAGCAACUUUCAACUACUUCGGGCAAAUAAACCCGCUCCGCAUUGUCUUCAGACAAUCCACCAUCCUUAACCAGGCAGACAUCGGAAACGAACUUGUGCUGUCAGGCCCAGACGGCUUCAUCUUCCCCACAAACUGCACGGAAGGAUUUCGGUUGCGGCUUAGCAACGCCGUGGAACAGCCAACUACCAACCGCGGCUAUGACAUCGGCUUCGUUUUCCCUCCGGAAGGCAUGACCUGCAGGGGAUACGACAAUGCCACGGUCAGUGUCCGAUUUCCAGAUGGCGCAGGUCUGCUGCGGAACAACUAUACGCUUGAGGUUGAUGUCAGCAAUCCAGGGUAUGUGCCCAACUCAACAACAUGGAGCUUCAUCACCCGCGUGCGGAACGAGGAAGGGGAAAAGAUCGUUGAUGCGAACCGUACUCUGGAAGGCUUUGGACUGGUCGAGCUGCUUCCCAUGCGCACAGACGAAGGGUCUGCUGGUCGAGCCAAGCUCGGAGCUCUCGUGAUUUCUAUUGUGUUUCUGGGCUUCUCGUCAUGUCGACAUUGA